UCCCGAGCUCAUGAUUAUGCAGUAGUCUUAUUAGCGGGGCCCGCCCCUAGGCCCCGCCCGGCUCCCCCCAAGGCGGUAGCGGCGGCAGCGGUGGCGACAUGAGCAGCGGGGCGGCGUCCGGGACAGGGCGGGGGCGGCCCCGGGGCGGGGGGCCGGGGCCCGGGGACCCCCCACCCAGCGAGACACACAAGCUGGUGGUCGUGGGCGGCGGCGGCGUGGGCAAGAGCGCGCUGACCAUCCAGUUCAUCCAGUCCUACUUUGUGUCUGACUACGACCCCACCAUUGAAGACUCCUAUACGAAGAUCUGCACGGUGGAUGGUGUUCCAGCCCGGCUGGACAUCCUGGACACAGCAGGCCAGGAGGAGUUCGGUGCCAUGCGGGAGCAGUACAUGCGCGCUGGCCACGGUUUCCUGCUGGUGUUUGCCAUUAACGACCGGCAGAGUUUCAACGAGGUGGGCAAGCUUUUCACGCAGAUCCUCCGAGUCAAGGACCGAGACGAUUUCCCCAUCGUGUUGGUUGGGAACAAGGCAGAUCUGGAGACACAGCGCCAGGUGCCCCGAUCUGAAGCCUCUGCCUUUGGUGCCUCCCACCACGUGGCCUACUUCGAGGCCUCAGCCAAGUUGCGUCUCAACGUGGACGAGGCCUUCGAGCAGCUGGUGCGGGCCGUCCGGAAGUAUCAGGAACAAGAGCUCCCGCCCAGCCCACCCAGUGCCCCCAGGAAGAAAGACGGAGGCUGCCCCUGCGUCCUCCUGUAGCCCCGGGGGGUGAGAGAGGAGCAACCAGCAUGAGCUCUGGGGACCAGCAGCGCUCACCGACCCUGUUUUCCCAUCUGGGUUUCCCAGGAUACACUACACCCCCAUCCGGAAUUCCUGGCCUCCUCCAGGACAUUGCCACUGUGUGCCUUCUGCCAAUGCCUCCCUUCCCCACCCAAGCCCCUUAUUGGGGUGAGGAGCUCCCGGGCAUCCGGGUCACUGCUGUAUAUAAUCCCCUCUCCACUCCCAGGGAAAUAAACAUCACUGCCAAUGUCA